AUGUCAUUAUUUGGUCCACAUUUCGAUCCCAAUCAACUCAAGGUACAAUUAAAGUUGGCAGUCAGUAGAAUACAAAUUUUGAGAAACAAAAAGGCAAACUUGGUAAGAGAUGAAAAGCGACACAUUGCCGAGCUACUCAGAAACAGAAGUGAAGAUGCCGCUAGAAUCAGAGUGGAGACAGUCAUCAGAGACGAAGCUCUUAUCGAAUGUUACUCAAUCAUAGAGGUUCUCUGUGAAAUGUUAUUCGCCAGAUUACAAUUGAUUGCAUGUUCACAUGAUAUGCCACCAGAGAUUAAAGAAGCAAUCUAUACAUUAAUAUAUGCAGCUCAGAGAGUACAAAUACCAGAGUUGGAGUUGAUAAAGAAACAGUUGCUCGCCAAGUAUGGCAAGGGAUUGGAGCAUGAAGUGAAUUGCAACUGCCAGGUUCACGUCAACCCAAAGAUCGUUCACAAACUCAGCUAUGCAACACCGGAGCCAUUCUUGGUAUUCCAGUAUCUCAAUGACAUUGCCUGUCAGUUCAAGGUGGACUGGUCGGUAGAACCAAUCCUACCACCACAGCAGCCAGCAAUGAUAAUGCCACAGCAACCAAUGUUUGUCGCUGCACCCACCUCUGCUUCUGUACUACCAAUACCAAUGCCACAACCAGGUACUGCACCACCACAAAUGCAACAACCAAUGAUGUUUCAACAACCACCACCACAAAUGCAACACCAACAACAACCACCGAUGAUGAAAUCACCACCACCAUUCCCAACUAUUGUAGCACCACAACAUUAUACACCACCAUCACAACAUCAACAGCAAAUGCAACAACCACCACAUUAUACACCAACACCACAACAACAAUUCCCUCAACCACCACCACCUGCCUACACACCAUCACCAACCAUGCCAUCUGUAUCUUCACCACCACAAUUUCCAUCGGCACCAAGCCAACAACCAAACAAUAACUUUAAUAACUCUAAAUUUUCAUCACCAUCACCACCACCAGCCUACACACCAAACGCCAACGACUCUGCUUUUCCCGAUUUCGAUGAACUAACAGCCAGAUUCGAAGCAUUAAAACGACAAAAUAAUAAUUAG